AUGCAGUUUCCUUACGCUGUUGAUCCUCAUAUGGCUGAGUUCAUCCUAAGUGACUACACGAUAAACAGCUUGUUCUAUUGGUUACACAGGAAACAAUUCUUGGUGUUCCGCGUAGGUCCCGAAAUACCAAAUAUCGGUGACUUUCUGAGAACAACUUGCGAUGAAGAUGAAGGCGAAGGAUCGGAAGCCACAGCGGUGGAGCCCAAAGAAAAGGAACGGCGAUGGCGGCGAAAAGUGUCGAAGAAGACGUUGAGGACAUGGCGACAUAGGCGUCAUACCGCGACCAUAAUGAUCAAAGGUCGUGGCAAACGACAGGCUGUCGGCGGCCUUGGCGAUAUCGGCCUUUGCUUCGGUGAAGUUCUACCGGCUUUGAAAGCGAAAUAUCCGAAACAAACGCUCGCUAUACUGGUCCGAACUGCACGAGCGCCCUCGGUCAUUUUUAGUGCAGCACGUGGAGGUACGGUGAUACUGGAUCUGGCAGCUGACGCCGAUAUCUUCAUUAAUGGAACCAACACCAGAGUACGUUUUUUGCCUUUCUGA